AUGUUUGAGCAGAAGCAGCAGCCAAAUAAAAAAUUAAAAAUGGAAAUCGCUGACGUGAAAAAUGACGUCAAUCAAGGAGAAUUCACUUGGAUAAUCCCCAACUUCACUCGGCAGAGCGCGAAGCUUUACUCUGAAGCAUUCACAGUUUCUGGUUGUCAAUGGAUAAUUGUUGCAUACCCCAAGGGGUAUAACACGUACCGAUUGUCACUGUACCUCGAAAUCCCUGAUUCUGCGACGUUUCCGGACGGGUGGACUAGAAAAGCCAAGUGCAGCUUCAGUGUGAUCGAUCAAACCAAUAAUGCUCACUUUACCAGAGAAAUGCAACAUGAUUUCAAUGCCAGAGAGAGUGACUGGGGUUUCAAAAAGUUCAUUAAAUUGAGCAAGCUUCAAACUCGCACUAGGGGAUACAUAAUAAACGACUCUUUGAUGAUUAAAGCCAAAGUUUGCGUCCUAAAAGUUACUCCUCCAGUGAAUCUUCAGCCAGCUAAACCUACUGAUAAGUUUGACUCCUAUUUUACUGGUCUGGAGGAACUCGUUAAUACUGCUGAGACUAAUGCUGUUAAUGUAGGAUCAACUUCAAGCCACCAUGAUGGUGCUUUGAAGGCUGAAAUUCCUAGCCUAGAAGAAGUUGAGAAGGCUAAGCAGUCUUUGAAGAAUUGCCUCUCGGAUCUCUUUAAAUCCAAUAUGAAAGAGAGGCUAUCUGAGGCACUAUCAACUUUAAGCUCAGCCAGAAUUGGAUUAUCAUCGGAGCAACAAAUAGCAAUUGAGACAUUUCGGGCCAAUUUCAAUGAUUUCACUUCCGACUUCUUAACAUUUGAGCAAGACAAUGCCGAGUUAGAGCUGCAUAAACUACUAAAGGAUCAAAGGUUCUCUGCUAUGAAGAAGUGUCACGAGACUCACAUCUUGAAUAAGCAAUUAAUGGAUGACCUUAUCAAGGAAGAGGAGGAAGUGAAGUCUAAGAGGGACAAGCUUCUGUCUGACUGGGAGGUCUUGCUGGUCCAGUCCGAAGCAGAGGAGUCGGGCUAUAAAGAUGAGCAGAAGAAAGUAGCAGAGGCUGAAGAAAAGAAGAGAAUAAGCGAGGAAAGACUGUCUAGAUCAACCACUGCCUGGUCAAAUUUGAAGGCUCAAUUCUGUUAA